UAUCCCGCCUUAUUCCAAACAACAGCAGUAAGAUAGCCAUUUUCUUUCCGUCGAUCCAUCGUCGUUGAUGGAUGCAAAUCUCCUCCGUUGGAGGAGUGGGUGUGCAUUUCUUCAAUACUAUAAGCAGCCGUGGAAUCCGAAGGAUAGCCCACGGGCUGCUUCCUUUUCUUUCUCUACCAUUUCGUUGGUGAAUAAGAAGAAGAAGAGAAGCUUGUGUAGGCUGACCACUAGCAGCAGCGGCAAGGAUACCUUCGACGAGUCCGCUUUUGAGUCGGAGAGGUUGAGGCUAGAUGCCAAGGCCAGGCAAUCGAUGGCUGAGGAGAUGAUGGCUGGAAGCAGCAGCGACGAUGAUCCGAAAGCAUGGAAGUGGGUCAUCCGUAAGAGAGUGUGGGAUCUGAUGGAAGGGCUGAACAUCGCCCAAAACCCUCGUCCUGUUCAUCAUCGCAUACCCAAUUUCGUUGGUGCCGCGGCCGCUGCCAAAAUGUUGGGUGGAUUGGAAGCAUUUCAUGCGGCAAAUUGUGUGAAGGUCAACCCUGAUUCGCCCCAGAAGCAAGUUCGCUUUUUAACACUUUCAGGUGGGAAGCAGUUGUUGACUCCUCAACCGCGUUUAAGGACUGGGUUCUUCUCAGUGUUGGAUUCUCAAAUGUUAUCGCCUGGUAUCAUCAAUGAAGCUUGCACUUCGGCAGGGGUUGCCAAGUAUGGUCGGCCAAUUGGUUUGGAUGAAAAAAUUAAAGUGGAUUUGAUAGUUAUUGGAUCAGUUGCAGUCGAUCCAAAAACAGGUGCUCGACUUGGGAAGGGUGAGGGCUUUGCUGAACUCGAGUAUGGUAUGCUACGAUACAUGGGGGCCAUAGAUGACACAACCCUAGUUGUAACAUCUGUGCAUGAUAGGCAACUGGUAGAUGAUAUUCCGGUUGAGAAGCUGUUGAUUCAUGAUGUUCCGGUAGACAUUAUUUGCACUCCCACUCAAGUCAUCUUCACCAACACGCCAAUCCCAAAGCCUCAAGGAAUAUAUUGGGAGAAAUUGUCUCCAGAGAAGCUUGGCCAAAUUCGAGUUCUCAGGGAGCUGAAGAGUCGGAUAGAAAAAGAAACUGGGCAGCUGCUUCCUUGUGGGCCUUCAGAGAAAUUACCUCCACUAGCUCAACGGAAGUGAUUAUGUAGAUUGUAUUUCAUGUACCCAAUCUUUGUAUAAAUUGUAAUAAGCCUACACACACAUCUCCACAUGCACCAUUCUGGCAUGUGUGGAUUUUUGAACCAUGCAUCAGGUGGGGGUGUCAUGUAGAUGAGAAAGCCCAAUAAUCAGGUCAGUUCACUCGUCA